CGUAACCCUUAAAUUCUGCCAUGGUGAACGAGGAGGGCGGGGGAUGUCAGUAUCAGAAGCACGAGGGAUGCCGACCUCAGUGCGCAGCAUGUUGCUCUUAUACCGUCGUCGCGAGAGGAUCGUGCGGCCGGAUAAGUUCGGGGAUCGGCCAGCAAGGAUGUGGGCGGGCGCAUGGAUGAUAGUGGACCCGAUGGUCGAUAUCCGGCAUGGAAGGGCGAAGCCAGCGCGGAAUAACUGAUUUGGCCACACGCCCAGCAUGGUAUCUCGCAUACUGCUGUCAGUCUGCGAGGAUACGUAUGUUCAAGUUGCGGACUGCUCUGAACUUCGUCUGGUGAAACAUCAACGGUCAAAUUGUGCAAUGUUAUAUGGAACAGACCACAAACUGCAGUUGUGCACCACUACCAAACUGGAAUGACUAAGUUAGGAGAAGCGCGCUGCGGGAAUAUUUGGGGCUCGCUGCAACUGAUAAAAGUGCAGCCGAUGACGGUCAUUACUCAUGGUCAAUGUCGAUUACUUGACAGCACAGCCACAACGGACUUUGCGAUCGAUCGAUCGCUGCAAGUGAUCCGCGCAAAUGCAUCCCGACUGGGCCCGCGCCUGUCCUGGACACUCCGUUGUCAACGUUCAGGGCUUGCAGUAGCAUAUGCAUGACGCGAUAAGAAC